UAGAGCUGCCCGGCGAUGGCGGGGAGGAGGGGUGCCGCUCCAUCCCCACUUCCGGUUCUCGGUGGUCGGAGCGGUCCGCGCAGGCGCCGAGGGAGGGAAGGGCGGAAGCGGCGGCGGAAGCGGCGGCGGAAGCGGCGGCGGGCGGCGCCUUCCGCCCGGACGGGCACCACGCCCGCCGCCGGGGAGAAGGGGUCGGAGCCGUCGGAGAGGAUGGAGGGCUUCGUGGAGGCGCUGAAGCGGGACUCCGGCCAGCGCGGCUCCGAGGUCAUGGCCCGGGAGACGGUGGGGCUGCUCCGCAGGCUCGUCGCCAACGGGCGCUGGGGCAACGCCGGGGAGCUGAUGGAGCUGAUGAGGAAGGAGGGCCGGAGGAUGACAGCCGCCCAGCCCUCGGAGACCACGGUGGGCAACAUGGUGCGGAGAGUGCUCAAGAUCGUCCGGGAGGAGUACGGCAGGCUCCACGGAUGCCGUGAUGAAAGUGACCAGCAGGAAUCCCUUCACAAGCUCCUGACGGCCGGCGGCAUGAACGAAGACUUCAGCACGCACCACGCCCCGCUUAGAGCCAACAUCAUCGAGGCUAUCGGCGAGCUGCUCGUCGAGCUGGAGGGGACGACGGAGAACAUCGCCGCGCAGGCCCUGGAGCACAUCCACUCCAACGAGGUCAUCAUGACCAUCGGCUACUCCCGCACCGUGGAGGCCUUCCUUAAGGAGGCGGCCCGCAAGCGGAAGUUCCACGUCAUCGUCGCGGAGUGCGCCCCUUUCUGCCAGGGUCACGAAAUGGCCGUCAAUUUAGCCAAAGUGAACAUCGAGACCACGGUCAUGACGGAUGCUGCCAUCUUUGCCGUCAUGUCGCGGGUCAAUAAGGUGAUCAUCGGCACCAAGACCAUCCUGGCCAACGGGGCCCUGAGAGCGGUGACGGGGACUCACACUUUGGCCCUGGCCGCCAAGCAUCACUCCACCCCCCUGAUCGUCUGCGCUCCCAUGUUCAAGCUUUCUCCCCAGUUCCCUAACGAAGAGGAUUCAUUUCACAAGUUUGUGUCCCCCGAGGAAGUCCUGCCUUUCACAGAGGGGGUCAUUCUGGAGAAGGUCAGCGUUCACUGCCCCGUGUUUGAUUACGUCCCCCCGGAGCUCAUCACCCUCUUCAUCUCCAACAUCGGUGGGAACGCCCCUUCCUACAUCUACCGCCUCAUGAGCGAGCUCUACCACCCGGACGAUCACGUGCUCUGAUGGCUUUGGGCCGCCCGACGGAAGGGGCUCGGGACCGCCGGGGCGGCCGGGAGGUUUCGGAACCGCCCGAGGACCCACCCCGAGGAGACCCGGGACCGGCGGGACUUCACCGAGCGAGGGAGGAGGACCCCCUCUGUUCCGCUUCUGGAGGGGAACGGAAAUCGUCUGGUUCGCUGUGGCGUCAGAGACAGAACCCUGAAUCCCUCCGCGUGGCAGUGAGCCUUAGCUAGGAAUGCCGUCGGCCGCACCUCCUCCCAGGCCGGGCCAAUAAAAGUUGCUUUAAUGGGC